AUGAGUUCCAAGCCCAAGAAGCGCUCUCGCCCUGCCGCGGAUGGCGCCGCCAGUAAUAACAAUACCGACGGUGCCGUCGCGGACGAGAAUCGUGCCGACUGUCCCUUCACUGUUACCGUCGUCUCAGAGCCGGAGCGCAGCGAGAGGGACGCACCCAAGUCGAAGAAGCGGAAGCACGACAAGUCCGAGGAGGAUACAAACAAGAAGGUCCAGACGCAGAACGCAGUCUUCCAUCCCGAGGGCAAGUUUAGGACAAGCCAAUCGCUCAAGCUCUACUACGCCGUGGAACCCCGCAAGCAAUGGCUCGACAUGACACGGUACAACAGCUUCGUCCUCAACGGCGUCAAAUAUUAUACCGAAGACUUUGUCUAUGUGGCGAACGAGGCAACCAUGGAACGACAAAACUCCCUCCCCGCCGGCGCUACCAAGGUUGCCAAGAAGGCCGAUUACUGGGUGGCUCGGAUAUUGGAGGUUCGGGCCUCGGACGAGCAUCACGUAUACGCCCGCGUCUACUGGAUGUACUGGCCCGAGGAGCUGCCGCUGGGUACUCUGGAUGGCAAGAAACAAAUCGCCGGUCGUCAGCCAUACCAUGGGCAGCACGAGCUGAUCGCCUCCAACCACAUGGACAUCAUCAAUGUUGUCAGUGUGGUCAUGGGGGUUAAUGUCAAACAGUGGAUAGAAUCAAACGACGAUGAUAUCCAAGAGUCUCUGUAUUGGAGACAGGCGUUCAACUGUAGAACGUCGGAGCUAUCGUCAGUUGCCCUUGUCUGCAAGUGCAAGACUCCCGCCAAUCCCGACAAAACGCUCGUUGGCUGCUCGAACAAGGAGUGCGAGGAAUGGAUGCACUACGAAUGCCUGCUCGACGAUGUCCUCUCACGAGUGUACGAUCGACUGGGGACCGAUAUCCCCCAUAAGUCGGGAGAACCAGUCAUUAAGGAAGAGACGAAAGAGGACACCAAGGAGGAGCCAAAGGAGGCAGCCAAGGGAGACCUGCCGUACCGCCUGCUGAGCCCGUCGGUCGAGGGAGAAGACAGAAAGUCUCCCAUUGUCGCCAGUACCGAGAUAAAAGACCAGGUGCUUGUGAAGCAUCGAGAUGACGAGUCGUCCAAAGACACAGAAACGCCAACACCGGCACCGCCCAACGGCUCGGACAAGUCUUCAAAAACAGCCCCGGCUAAGAAAGGCAAGCGGAAGAAGUCGUCUAAGAAGCCUUGGGAGGGCCUCUUCGAAGCCACUCUGAAGAUGAACGAAGGCCCGACCGUCUGGCAAAUAACGGAUCUAAGGGACCUCGAGGGGGGAGACAAACAGUGGACAGAACAGGCAUAUUGCCUGCUCUGCGACACUGUGAUUGAGUGA